AUGAGUUUUCGCCAAUUGAACCAUAAAUUCAAAACCGUCGAAGGGAUCCGCAUUCACUACGUCACAGCCGGAACUAAAGGUAAUGGACAACCCCCAAUUAUCUUACUUGCUGGGUUUCCAGAAAGCUGGUAUGCGUGGCGCAAACUGAUGCCCAUACUUGCAGAGUCGUUCUUUGUCGUCGCCAUUGACCUACCAGGACAAGGCGAUUCCGACAAACCUGGCGAUGGUUAUGACACCUCAACGGUAGCCAAAAUUGUCCAUGGAUUGGUUGAGAAAUUGCAAAUACCCCGGUAUCAUCUUGUUGCCCAUGAUGUCGGCGCAUGGGUCGCUUUCCCGUACGCACUGCUGUUUAGUGAGGAAAUCGAACGAUUGGCUCUGUUAGACGCCGGAAUUCCCGGAGUCACACUCCCAGAUAAGCUUCCCACUAGUCCUGACACUGCAUGGCGCAUUUGGCACUUCCCGUUUCAUGCGGUUCCCGACUUGCCCGAACUUUUAAUUAGCGAUAAAGAGCGUGUAUAUUUGGACUGGUUCCUUCGCCGCAAAAGUGCUGAUCCAACAAUUUUCACCGAAGCUGAUUUGGACGAAUAUGAGCGCAUCUUCUUGCAGCCUGGGGCACUGCGUGCGGGCCUGGCUUACUAUAGAGCUUGCGGAAAAUCUGCUCAGCAAAACAAAGAGUUACUCAAGAACGGUAAACUUGCUCCGCCAUUGCUUGCAGUGUCAUCGGACCAGGGCUCAAUUCCCAACAUGGCCAAGUCUUUAGAAGCUUUUUCGAGCGAAGUAGUGGGUGCUACCAUCGAAGAUUGCGGCCAUUUCAUUCCCGAAGAACAGCCUUCCCGUUUGGCUGAUGAAUUAAAGAAAUUCUUAGUUCCCAAGAAGUAG